AUGAAUAUAAUACCAGCAUCGCCUUCAGUUUCAUUUUCUGCAUCGCGAGCAAGUGUUAAAAAAAGAAAAGCGCAUGAAACUGUAAUUGAAGAAGAUGAGAAGGGAAGAUAUAUAGACAGUACGACUGUUCCAGCUAUUUCAUUGCUAUCAUCACUCGAUGAAAUAGAGAAAAAAGAUGAGGUAGAACUAAUUCAAGCAGAAGAAAGACAACGGGAAAUUGAAAUUGUAGAUGAUGAUGUUGAUGCAGAAGAAGAAAAGCCAAUUGAUAAAUCACCUGACGGACGAUUUCUGAAAUUUGAUGAAGAACUGGGACGUGGAUCGUUCAAAACUGUUUACCGAGGUUUAGAUACAGAAACUGGUGUAGCAGUUGCUUGGUGUGAACUUCAAGAAAGCAAGUUAAAUAAAACAGAAAGACAACGCUUUCGAGAAGAAGCAGAAAUGCUCAAGGGCUUGCAACAUCCCAAUAUUGUACGGUUUUAUGAUUAUUGGGAAAGACAAGAUAGUUCUGGAAAGAAAAGGUACAUUGUAUUGGUAACAGAGUUGAUGACAUCCGGAACCUUGAAAAUGUAUUUGAAGCGAUUCAAACGAAUUAACAUAAAGGUACUGAAGUCAUGGUGUCGACAAAUAUUGAAGGGUCUUUCUUUCCUUCAUUCUCGUAACCCACCGGUAAUUCACAGAGAUCUCAAAUGUGAUAAUAUAUUUAUCACAGGCACAACAGGAAGUGUUAAAAUUGGGGAUUUGGGAUUAGCAACUUUGAAAAAUAAAUCGUACGCUAAAAGCGUUAUUGGAACACCAGAAUUUAUGGCUCCUGAAAUGUAUGAAGAAAUGUAUGAUGAAAGCGUUGACGUGUACGCUUUUGGAAUGUGUUUAUUGGAGAUGGUAACUGGCGAAUAUCCUUAUAGCGAGUGCCUGUUUCCUGCACAGAUUUAUCGAAAAGUUACUACCGGUGUAAAGCCGGAAUGCUUUACCAAAAUUCCUCAGCAGUACCCCGAAAUCCGAGAAAUCAUUGACCGAUGCAUACGGGUACGGCGUGAAGAAAGAGCAACUGUGAAACAGUUAUUAUCAGAUGAUUUUUUUACGCCAGAGGAGCUCAUCGGUAUACGGGUUGAAAUUAAAAAUCGAGAUGCAGAUCUUAGCGAUAUUAAUUCUGAAAUUCAAAUGCAACUGAGAGUGUUUGAUGAAAAAAAGAGAAAGCAGUAUCGUUUUAAAGAAAACGAGGGUUUGCAAUUUGCUUUCGAUAUUGAGUCUGAUAAAGCAGAAGAGGUAGUACAACAAAUGAUUGAACAACAACAUAUUCCCGAAGAGGAUACUCGUAUGAUUACCAAACUGAUUAAAGAUAAGGUUGAAGCUUUUAAACGUGAUCGUGAAUUUCGUCAUGCAGAAUUGAAGCGUUUACGGGAGGAAGAACAACGAAAGCAGGAAGAAGAAGCUAUUCGUAAUGAAAUGAUGCUAAGAGCGAAAGAAAAAGAACGCAUAGAACGCUCAACAGCCACAACUAUCGAACAACAAGAGCAGCAACUACACUCUCAGCAACCGCCACAAUUACAACAGCAACAGCGAAUCGUAGUAUCACCAGACAAUGAAGAUUAUUAUGAUGGACCUGUUAAGCAUAAAAAAUCAAAGAAGAAAGUCGUCAUUGAAGUUCUACAUGUAGUGACGGAUGAACUUAAUCAGCAACCAUUGGUCAGCUGCCGUUUGGAUACAUCACAUAAAACGGUCACAUUUCAGUUUGCUCCAGAUUCUGAUAAGCCAUCAGUAAUCACUAAAAAAUUGCUGGAUCAAGAUUGCUUGACGAAUCCACAAGUAGGAAUUGUUGGUGAUCAACUCGAAAAAAUCAUCGAGAUGUUAGUUGCUGAUCCAGUAAAGGCAGUUGGCGCAAAAAUCAUAAGUUUUGUGGAUCCGGCAUGUGCGCAUACGGGAACCGAGGCGAAUAUACCGCAGUCUAUUGCAACUCUAAUUACAUCAGAUGCUUCACAAGAAACUAAAGCAUUGGCUGUGUCAGUCACUCCAGAUACGCUGAAUGUUCAGUCUCCUCCUUUGACCGAGACAAUUUCAGAUGAUCACUUAACAACAAUGUCGGUAGAUUCACAAUCGGUGUCUGAUACUAUUAUAUUAUCAUCCAUUAGCCCAAGUGAAACAAAGUCAUCUGUUUCGGUUUCACAGGACUCAACUGGGUCAGCGCAACCUGCAGAAUCCUCUACUUCACUUGUUUCGCAAUCAUCUAUUUCUGAAACCGUAGCAAAUGCAAAUAAUACUACAGUCUCACCAGCGGCUAAGACAUCGCGAUUUUUGGUUACUAAAUCAACGUUACCUGCUGAUGUGUAUACUUCGUCUGUUACAUGCCCAUCAGUUAACUCUGAUUCCCACAGCAAAUUAACAGCCACCACAAGUUUGUCCUCACAAUCUCUUGCAUCGCAAACGGCUUCUCCCUCCUCAUCAGCGAUAUCACCCCAAACCGCUAAAAGUACUACUCAAGUUACACCUUCUGUGUCAUCUUCAUCGAUUAAAUCAUCAGAAUCAGCAACAGUAAUUAGUCGUUUCAAGGUGCAGCCAGUGCCAUCAUCUUCAGUUCCUAGUAAUGAAACCAUUAGUUGCAUAGAUGACUUAAUCAGUGAAUCACAAGUUCCUGGUCCGGUUGCUCCUGAGUCUUGUGUUUCCGAGUCGUGUAUUUCCGAGUCUUGCAUUUCCGAGUCCUGUAUUUCUGAGUCUGAUUUUCAGUCAUCUCCAGCCACACUGGCAUCAACUCAGCAGUCUGUGACUUCUGUAAGAAACAAUUCCCCAGUCGCGGUUCUUGACAGUAAUUGUGUAUCUUCAACAUCGCUCAAUAAUAUGAGUUCAUCUGAAACCAGCGUAGAACGACAAACAACACUUAGAAAGCUGGAAACCGAACUUCGUAAAGUCAGCGGUGUAAAUAUGCCGAAUAAUGUCUCGAAUCUUGCGAAAUCAGGAUCUGUCCAAUCACCGGAUCCUCAAACCACUGCAACAGGCUUAUCGUCAUGUCCAUCUUUACCGCAAACGCCGUCUGUAUAUGGUAAUUUGACGCACAAUUUAGCAGGCUUGAAUGACAAGCUACUGGCGCUAAGCCAAAAAAUGCAGGGUGAACAAUUGGAAGAGAUCAUUCAGCAGGAUAACGAAACCAUGACUCCAGCAACGCAAAUAGAGCAAUCUCCGGUAGCCACGCCUACGCCAGAUCUGCUAGUUGAAUCAACACUUCCAGUAGCUACAGCUUCAAUGUCUAGUAUUGUAUCUGAAACGAUAACACCCGGGAAAACUAGUGCUACGCCGGAAGCAGAAAUACUACAUGUGGAUACUCUGAAUGAACUUGCUGAUGCCCUACAAAAAGUAAUUCAUGUUGAACCACGUGAAACUGGUUCUGUACCACCAAUAGGUGUUGAUAGUUCCGGUCAAACUGCACCUGUUUCCACGGACCGUCAAUCACCAAGUGGAGGGGGCGUGCCUCAUACUACAAGUAUUACAUGCUCGCAAGAUACUGCUUCGGGAGUAGAUAAGAGAGCUAUGUCAACAAGUGUUACAACAAUGCAAUUACCAGAAGAAACGAAAAUAUUGGUAAACAGUAAUAGUGAAGCAGAAGGAGGUACCGGUAGACCCGAAGAUGAAACUUAUUCUGAGAUCGCUUCUCCUAAUGCUGUUGCAAGCGACGAGACAUUGGCAUUUGCUCCUGCUGCACCUAUCCAAGUUAGCAGUAAUCCAAAUAUGGUAACAUCAGAUGGAGGAUGUUCAGCUAAUUCCAAUUCAGCUCCUUUAGCAAAAUUUGAAAAUUUGGAAUCAGCGUUAACAACGACUUUGGGUACACAUGGAUGUUGCUCAACGGUACCUCAUAUCGUUCAUUCAGCGCAACAAAGUUGCCGUAUCAAUAAUAUUACUAUUGCAAACAUGAAUUCGCAUCAAGUGAACUUAACGCAGGUUUCCUCGUUGGAUGCUAUUCAUCUCUCACAACAGCAGUGUGUCAUGUCAACUGAAAUGGCUGAUUCUGCACAUCAGUACACCAAUGAGCUUGAUUCGGUGGCUAUACCGCAAAGUGCUGUCUUUCAUGUUGGUACUCCACCAGUGCUUUUCAGUGAUUCUGGUAGUCAAACGGAAAUGGCCAGUGUUCGUGAUCCACUCGAACACAUUUUUAGUCCAACAACAUCCAACAACUCCGAUUAUGAUUUUCAGCACAUUGAAAUUCAUACACGUAUCAUGAAGGUAUCAGUAUCGUGUGAACACUGCACAGCGCUUUGA